AUGUUCUAUAAGAUUAUACUUUGUAUAACCUUAAUACAACCAAUUUUUGCUCUUUGUGAGCCAGGAGAUGCUCAAAACACUCAAGAAAAUUGUAAUCACGUGGAAAAUUCACAAACAUCAUUUAAUGAUUCUGCGGACUUCUGUAGCAACCGCCAUGGCGUUCUCGCUUCAGUGCAUAACGCAUUCGAUUUGACAUCAUUGAGAAAACUAGCGAGUGGAUGUGAUUACUUCUGGCUUGGGGGGUAUUGCACCAACGGAAACUGUGUCUGGCUCGACGGCACGAAAUUCGACUAUAAGAAUUUUAAGAACGGCCCAUCUACCGGCUGCAUAGUUGCUGAAACAAAAGGCGGUGCCUGGAGUACAGAAGAGUGCUCCCGAUUGCACUGCACAGCCUGUGAGGUGAAAGGAGCCGCUAUGAAUGAUUGCCAAGAUUGGCUCAACAAUGGAUACACUGACAGUGGAAAAUAUACAAUUCUGGUUAAUGGAAAAGAGAGGGAAGUGUUCUGUGAUAUGAAAACCUACGGAGGCGGAUGGACAUUGUUUCAAAAUAGAGUAGACGAAUCCGAUUCGUUCUGGGACCAUACAUGGGCGGAGUAUAAGAAUGGAUUUGGAGGCGAGCCGGGAAUUAAUUCAAACUACUGGCUGGGAAAUGAUGCUCUGCAUGAGAUUACCUCAAGAAAAAAUGCGACGCUUCGAAUUGAGCUUUAUGAGGAUCGGACCCCAAAUGCAAAAUAUCCGAAUGCUUUUUGGUGGGGACAUUAUUUCAAUUUUGUGAUUGGUCCCGAAGAGAAAAACUAUGCACUUAACAUUUACAUGGACUGGUCCAAUAUUGUCGGAAAUUCUUCAACCGCUUGGUACGACAUUACAUAUUCCGAUGGAUCACCAUUUUCAACAAUCGAUAGAAUAAAUGAUAGGAAGGAGUGUGUCACCCAGUUCAAAAUGGGGGGAUGGUGGCUUCAUAACUGCGCUUUGUCUUCACUGAACGGAGUUUAUACCCCAGAUGACUGGAAUAACGGAUACGGACUUUUCUGGAUUGUUGAUGGAAGCGAUACGGUGAUUCACCCGAAAAGAACAAAAAUGCUUAUUCGCAAUAGUGUUUCCGAUACCCCAAAUUAA